CUUCCUCGAUGGAGGGCACCGGUAACGACAAGCAGAACGAGUCGGACGAGUGCGACGUGAACGGGGACAACAGGAAGCAGGAUGACGACGACUCGACCGGGCAGGAGGACGUCGAACGGAAGAUGAAGGCGGAGGACAGGCGCGAGUCCUUGGAGAACAUGAAUCUGAAGAACGAGAUGAAGACGCUGAAGAAGACGCUGUCGGCGGACGACGAGGAGGCCGACGAGGAGAACGAGGGCAGCAAGGAGUCCGCCGACGAGGAGGAGCGCAAGGAGGAGGCGCGGACGGACGGAGGGCCCGGCGAGAAGAAGGAGCAGGAGUCGUCCAGCGACAGCACGUCCACCAGCACCACCGACGACGAGUCCGAGACCAGUUCGGAGGACAAGACGGAGCCGUCCAAGCCGGAAACGGCCCAGACGACGCAAACGGAGGCGACCUCGCGGGAGGAGUCCAAGGAGGGCGCGUCCAAGACCGAGGACACGACGGACGACAGCGACAUCGAGGAUGAUCUGGUCUCGGCGAUCAAUUACAAUACCAUCACCUCCCUGGCGGCGCUCAAGGAUAUGCUGCAGUCCUCCGGGGAGGACUCGGACGGCGUCGACAGUUUCUUUCACCAUUACUUCCUGUCGCAUGUAAACCGGCUGCCGUCUAGGAACCAGACGCACAGCCCGUAUCCCUGGGGCAGGAGAUUGUCGGAGUGCCGGGAGGAGGACGAGUACGAGACCGAGGAAGGGAAGAACGCCGACAGCCCGAGCGUCGACAGCAAGAAGGACACGUCGAAGACGCAGGUCGAGAAGACCGACAGCGCUUCCUCCAAGACGUCCAAGGCGUCGAGCCCGUCGUCCUCGGAGAAUUCCAGCUCGGAGAAGAUCGACGAGAAGUCACUGGCGACGUCCAGCGUGUCGGACGCGGCGAAGCCACCCUCGCCGUCGUUAACGGUGACGGCGACGACGACGACGACGGCGGCGGCGGCGGCGGCGGCGGCGACGACGGCGACGUCGCCGACGACGGGCGCGGCCGCGGCGGCGACGACGGUCUCCGGCAGAUUCACCACGUCCACCGUGACGUCGCCGACGUCGACGGCGAAGCCUCCGCUGCGGAGGAGGCACACCACCGGCCCGGGCAUGACCUUCCCCGCCACGGAUCCCCCCUCGUAUUCCACCAGCAUGACCUUCUCCAGGACCAGCCCGUUGCCCAGCCCGCACUUCGACAAGCGCUUCUUCGACAGCAGCCUGAUCGAGAUAAAGAGCCAGGCGAGCAGCACCAGCACCCUCGACUACGACUCGACGGAGGAGGUGUGGGUGCGCAGGAUGGACCUGCUGCAGGAGAGGAAACGGCGGGAGCUCGGCUCGCAGCCGCUGCCGACGAUCGUGACCGAGGACACGGAUAAUUCCGGACAUGCUUCUCAAGGUCACAGGCCACGGGCAGAUACGUGGGGCUCGCACUCGAAGACGAUCAAAAAGUCGUCCUACGGGAGCGCGCCCAGCUCGGGAAAAUCGACGCCCCUGCCGCAGCCGGCCGAGCCGUCGAGCUCCUCGAGUUCCGGCAAGGGGGGCCGAAAGGCUUCCGGCACCCGGUCCGGUUCCACCAGCCGCAGCAACAGCGCGGAGCGCCGGAGAAGCGGCGGCGGCACCGAUGACACCGCCAGCCCCACGAGAAAGCCGGCGCUCUUCGACGCCUUCAGACCGCGGAGCAAGUCGGACGCCAGCAAGAGGAAGCCCAGUAUUAUAGCUAAUAUGAAAAGUGCCGUUCAGCAUUCGUUGCACAGAGGAUCGCACGGAAGCUCGUCGGUGGAUGUACAUACGGAGAAGGAUCAUCAUAGAGAAAGCCAGAAGGAGCAAAAGGAGAGCAAGGAGCAGGGUAGCGGACGGCCUAGAGCUGGCUCGGAAAGCAGCAGGAAUCCUGUGAGCAAAGUCAUGGAUCUCAUCAGGCACAGGAGCCACAGUGCCUUGAGCGCGGAGGACAAGCGGAAAGCGAGAGCGGCGGUGCAGCAUCAGGCGCAAGCAGCGUCGCAGAGCGCGCACAGGAGAAGUUCAUUGGAUCCCACGGCACGGAGAUUAUCCCUCGGGACACCUGCGAUACCUCACCGAGCAUCCGACGCUUGCCUGGAUCCGGUUCACGCUGCCAUACUCUUCAGGGAUGCGCGAGGGCUGCCGGUGGUGGAUCCCUUCCUGGAGAAAGUCUCACUGUCCGAUCUUGAGGAGGACGAGUCGCAGAUCUACGUCAAGUUCUUCAAGUUUCACAAAUGCUACGACCUAAUACCGACCAGCGCCAAGCUGGUCGUCUUCGACACUCAUCUGCUCGUUAAAAAGGCCUUCUUCGCUCUCGUCUACAAUGGGGUGAGGGCCGCGCCGUUGUGGGACAGUUCUCGGCAGCAGUUCGUCGGCAUGCUGACUAUAACGGAUUUCAUAAAGAUACUUCAGAUGUAUUACACCAGUCCGUCGGUGACAAUGGACGAGUUGGAAGAGCACGAGCUAGAUACGUGGAGAAAAGUCCUGAAGGACCAAGUCCACCCUCUUGUAAGCAUCGGGCCGGACGCGUCGCUGUACGAGGCUAUCAGGACCUUAAUACAAAACAGAAUCCACCGAUUGCCUGUGAUAGAUCUCGACACCGGAAACGUCCUUUAUAUCUUGACGCAUAAACGAAUACUUAGGUUUCUUUUCCUAUAUAUCCACGAGUUACCGAAACCAUCUUUCACCAACAAAACGCUGAGGGAGUUGAGGAUAGGCACAUUCGAGAACAUAGAAACAGCUACGGAGGAGACUAGCAUAAUUUUAGCGCUGAAAAAAUUCGUGGAGAGGAGAGUCUCGGCAUUGCCGAUUGUCGACUCCGAGGGGAAGUUAGUGAACAUCUAUUCAAAGUUCGAUGUUAUUAACUUGGCGGCGGAAAAGACAUACAAUAAUCUAGACGUUUCGCUGCGCGAAGCAAAUGAGCACCGCAAUGAAUGGUUCGAAGGCGUUCAGAGUUGCAAAUUAGACGAGACACUGUUCACUAUAAUGGAAAGGAUUGUCAGAGCGGAGGUUCAUAGGCUAGUAGUGAUCGACGAUGAUGAUAAAGUGAUCGGUAUAAUAUCCCUCUCCGACCUGCUCUUCUACCUCGUUCUUAGGCCUUGUGGUGAGGAUGGCAGUAGCAAUAAAGGUAGUUCUAUAUCGUUGCGAGCACAAGAUUGUAUGCUGUCGAAAGCUCCCAGCUCCGCGCAAUCGGAAACGUCGCUCGCCGACGGCGAAGCCGAGCAAGACGCCGCGGAGGCGACGGAUCGCAAUCAGUCCGAGGAAGCGCCGGCGACACCUAGUCCACCGCUGAGCCCAGUAACGUCGGACAUCUCGGAACCUCAGUCGACGCUAGUGAAUCAGUCUCAAGAGGCGACGUGGCGGGACGUGAUAAACAUUUGUGUCUCGGGCGUCUCGGGUGGGGAAUGAGACUUCACCGUUUUCACGUGCCGCCACGCACAGAAUAGACUUCGAACUGAACUGGCGCCGCCUCUAACCGCGGCGGCGAACGAAUAACAUAACGACUGCAUAUUUGUACAUCCUUCGUUGUUAUCGCUUGCGGCUCCUCGCGGGUACGCAAGUUGAUCGGUGACACGCGUCACAGGAGAGGCAGGCAGGGAGAUACGAGAUGUCCGUUUGAGAGAAAUUAAUCGUGGCGCGAUAACGUAACAGAGGGAUUCGCUGAGCGCGACGUUAUGAUAUAAUAAACACGAUGCUCUUGUAUAGUGUAUAAAAAUCACUUAAGCUUAAUUUUUUAUGGUACAAAUGCUACACAUUAGACGUUCGAGCUUUUCGCCAAGGACUGUAGGUAGCUGCGCCAUUAUUUGCUCAGAAUGCGAUUCUCCGCGCCCUUCUACAAUCGAGCACCGGGAAAGAAAGGACGAGUUUUUUAAGAACGAGCUUUGGACAGCUUUUUACGACAAAAUCUUGGAGGUAAGAAAAAAAAGUCGCAUCUUAAUCAUGAUUAUAUACUAUUCUUUACGCAAAUUGUGUUAUUCGCCCUUUGUGGGAAUAGAAAACGUAGAUAUUCGUUUUGAUCUUGUGUAUAAUUAGGAUUAUGUGAGGUUUAUAAAGAAAAUAGUUAUCGAAGAAUAUUUCGCGAACGACGAAAAAAAAAAUAAACGCGUGUCCUCGCACGCGCGAGGUCUUUCACAGGUUCUUUUCUUUCUGAACGCAUUACAUGUCACCGAUCUAAUUAAACAUCUCUUUGACAUUUUACAUACUCGUGCAAAUCAUUUUUGUUUUCUCUUUCGUUAAUUUCUACCGGAAAGAUGCGUUAGAAAUACCUAAUCUUAAUUACUGAUCUUGCAUAAUAAGUAGAUCCAUUUUUAACGCCGCUCCAUACGCGAAUGGACAUGGUGCUUUUAAGUUUUAUGUAGAAAUGACAUCAUCGAGUAUAUCAGCCUGUAUAUUGUUAACACAUAUUGUUAAAGCACAGAUACAAGUUAUUUCGGAUUAUAUCUAUAACAACCCGAAGGUUUGUUGCCUCUCUUCUGUCCUCUUUUUAAUAUUUCAUUUUCAAUGUAUCGUCAGAGUCACGCGAAUGUCGGAGAGUAUAAAGCGACUGCUCUGUACAAAUGCUGCAACCCUUUUGGCUUUUAUACUAAACUAAAAAAAAGAUCAUAAUAUUCACAACUCUCUAUUGAAACAAUAAGACAGGAUCAUGGUCCCCACUACUAAAGUGAACCACUAAAAUAAUUUUCUAUUACGAUACGACUAUAGUUUUUCUUGAAUACGAGAAAUAGAGUACGAUUGAAUCGUGUCUGAACUGAAUUCUUGGUUCACGCACAAAGUUCUUGUACAUUUAUGUCCGUAAAUAACAAGUUAAAAUCGAAAGAAUCGAAGUGAUAUACUCGAUUAUUAAGAUUAUUCGGUAAAUCGGAUAAAAAUACUCGAGUUUUAAUGUGAUAUUUGACCAAAUUCUAUACAUUAUACAUAUAAUCAUUGCUGACGAUACGCGGACUGAAGUAGCAUCCAUCGAUACCGAAAUAAGAUUUUAUAAUUGUAUCACGAACCGUCUUAAUUAAGAUUACUGACGACUUGUUGAACAAAAAUACUUCGAGCGAUUAAUUGCUUUUGUCCAUCAACGGUACGUAUGACGUUAAUUUUACUUUCAUUGGCAAGUGCGUCGAGUUCUCUAAAUAUAGAGAUAGCACGCAAAAUCGCGCAUCAUUGUAUAAAUCCAAUUGCAAUUAUCACUUGCGUCAUAUUGAAAAUAACGCAGACUACAAUAUGACGGAGUUUUGAGAGAAUUUGUACAGUAUCGUUUUGCACUAACUAAAAAGGAAGUUCUUUAAUGGAUCGGGAGAAACAUUCCUGUAAAGAUACGACUCAAGCAAGAUAUUUUUCCAAAGCGGUUUCACAUAAUCAAGUUGUUGAAGAUGAGUGUAUAUCGGCCAGAGGAACCUUUUACUUAGAAUUAUAUCAAUUGUCUCAGUUGGAAUGUAAAUUCGAGACGUUUGACGCAGAUCUUAACUCCUUUUUUUUUUCAUGUAGAAACGCAGGUGACGGUAAUUACUCGAUUUUGAAGGGAAUAGUGCCUGUAAAUGUAGCGAAUGUAUUCCUAGAGACACGUUCAUUGGAAUACACGUAUAUAAAUAUACUAUCUGAGAUGUAAGCGCAGUCGCGAUAAGACAAAGCUAAACAUUAGUAUUAAUUAACGGGAGGCGUAGUGUGAACGAAGAUUUUUGUACAGCUGAAAAAGUACUAUUUAAUGUGCUGUAGGCGCGCGAGCGCGUUGUUUCUUUUCUUUUUUUAGUACAAAAUGCGUUGCAAUCCUUGCGAGUUGCCACGUUCACCCUCUUCUACUUAAAGAUACUAAAGAUUACGCUGUAACAUACCGCAGCGUGUGCCGCGCACUUGGCUUCGACAUAACUUGUUACUUGUUGAGAGCACAGUAGAGAUUGUCGAAGAAUAUAUUUAGCUUCUCUUCAUUCUACAUAAUAUUAGAGAGACGAGCUGAGAGAGAGAGAGGGGCGAUUGAAUUCUGUGCGCGCUGCAUCCAAGAACCAAAAUACAAGCUCUAUCGAGAUGCGGUAUUAAUGAUAAAUAAACUGUACAAUAAAUAAUAUAAAUGCUUA